AUGUAUUCUGACUUAGGAAGACAAUAUAUCUCAGAAACUUGGAGAAAUUAUCUUAAUACAAAGGGUAUUGAAUUUUGCCUAAAUUCUGCCUAUAAUCCACGGGAAAAUGGAAUCUCUGAUAGACUUAAUCAGUUUAUUGGAUUUGCUAUGAAAUUGUAUGAUAUGAGAGAUGAUGAUGAAUUAUAA